UUCCCUUUCACUUUAGAGGGCGUUUGGGGAAGUGUCAGGCACAUAAUGCUCGUUUUUUUUAGUAACCUUUAAUCCCUUUUAAAGUUGAUUUUUGUUUAUAUCUUGUUCACAGCAUGGCACGGAGACGCACAGAUGGGACAUUCACAAAUGAAGUGAGGCCAUCCAGAGGCCCUGUUUUAAAGCUGAGAUUUAUGAUGCUCGGAGGUGAUGAGAUUCUUAUGAAUCAAGCAUGUGACACCAUUCUCAGGAUAACACAGAGAGAUGAUCCCUCUAAACCUGGAAUAUGGGAGCCUAUGAAGGCUAGUGUUUGUGGCCGACAGGUCUCCGUGUUAAAAACUCCCACCUAUUGGCUUCAGCACUUGAAAUCAUAUAUGUUUCUCUACAGUGCAGUCAAAUCCAUUAAAAAUGACCUGGAGGCAUAUGAAUCUCUGGUGUUUCCUGGUCCUCAUGCCUUUCUGCUGGUGCUUGAAAGUGUAAAUGGCACUGGGGAAGAGUUUUUUCUUCUACAAGCUCUCAGUGAAGUGUUUGGGAAGGCGGUCUUACAGUAUUGCAUGGUCUUAUUUAUGCAUGAAGUUAAGCGCAAUGAUCAAUCAAUGCACGACUGUGUCAAAAUGUGUGGGAAAAGGUACCACAUUUUACAGGACAGCGACAGCAGUGUUGAAACGUUAUUUACAAAAAUUGCGACAAUGACAGAGAGGAAAGAAAGCGCCUUUUUCACAAAACAUCUGGAGUGUUUCAGAAAAGCUAAGAAACAUUUCCAGAUGGAAUUUGAUGCUGAGCGUAAGGAAAUUGAGAAUACCUUUAAAAAAGAACUGUCCGAAAAAGAAGAGAUGAUGAACAAUCUAACGAAGGAAAUGGCCAAUAUGAAGGAACAGAAUGCAAAGAGCAUAACAGAAUUACAGGACGCUUUGAGGAUGUUGGAAGGUAAAGAAAGAGAACUAAACGAAGAGUUGGCCACCUAUAUAGACAGAGAGAGUGAGUUAAGGAGAGAGCUGGAUGUUUCCAGAGGGAGAGAGAGUCAAUUGAAAGAUGACAAAGAGAAGCUUCAAAGACAUGUGGAGCAACUCAAAGAGGACGUGAAAGAACUAGAAAGAAAUCUGAGGGAGGCAAAGAUUGCAAAAGAUUUUCUGGAGGCAAGACUGAAAUCAGAAUGCAGCAUAAUACAACAAGAAGAAGAACUACAAGACAAAGAAAACAAACUGUGUGAGAGACAGAAAGAACUAGACAGAAGAGAGACAUUACUGGAGGCCAGAGAAAGAGACAUGGCCAAGAGAGAAGUCCAUCCCAAUGAAUCAGAUUAUGAACAUCGCAGCAGCAAAGACCUUGCUUUCCCAAGUUACAAAGUCACGCCUUUAUUUGAAAGUAAGGAAGAACAUGAGAGCAGUGAAAAAGAUUCACAAACCAGUGGAUCACAUGUGCGCCAAAACAGCCUGAAAAUUCUACACCCCAAUAUGUCUGAAGGUGAACAAAAAUCUCUACAAACUCCCUGAACAGACUGUGAUUGCACUGAGGAAAAGCAGUAAACAAGUGUCCAGCAUACAUGGGAACUCCUUCAGUACUGUUUUAACAUCUCAGGAUAAAGCACCUCAUGAAGUUGCUUGAGAGAAUGAGCAGAGCAGCAAUCUACACAAACAUCAUCCUUGAAUACAAGAGAGAAGAGAAUUGGUUUAACAUUUUUUUGGUCAAUGCAUGAUUUCCAUUUUCCAUUUAUAUUCUUAGUCUUGAUGACUGUACUAUUAUUCUGUGGGAAUGUGGAAUAUCAAAUGAAUUUUAAAAAAAUAAAAAAUAAAUCUUGCUUAA